AUGACAAAAGGCUCUCAGCUUUCCCAGUUGAAGUCCGCUCUAUCCCAGGCAGGGCUCUCCAAGCCUCAGCAGAACAGCAAGAAGAGGAAGCGGACGCCGCUCGACGAGAAGGAGAAGGAGCGCAAAGCGGCGAAGCUCAGGGAAAUUCAGCAGAAGAUGAGCCCCUUUGAUGUCAAGGUUACGAAGCUCAAACACGAUGUCGGAGGCAGGAAGAUUGCUGGUGUUAUGGGUCGCCCGGCUCAGAGCAAGCAGGCCGGUAUUGAGCAACGCAAGAGGAUUUUGCUGAAAGAGUAUCAAGAGCGGGAUCGCGUCGGCGGGAUUGUCGACCGGCGGUUUGGUGAAAACGAUCCGGCGAUGCCCCUCGAAGAACGCAUGCUCGAGCGAUUUACACGUGAGAGGCAAAGGGCGUCCAAGGGCGCUGCAUUCAAUCUCGAAGACGAAGACGAGCUCACGCACUACGGCCAGAGUUUGUCGAAGCUCGACGAUUUCGACAACGUCGGUCUCGGUCUGGACGAGGAGGACGAGGAUGGGGGCAGCGGACAAAUCGAUUCUAGGACCGUCCAGAGAGCGCACUUUGGCGGCUUUGGAGACGAGGAAGACGGAGAUGAUGAAGAGAAGAGGAAGAAAACCAAGGCCGAAGUCAUGGCAGAAGUCAUUUUAAAGAGCAAGGAACACAAGUUUAUGCGUCAAGCACAGCAAGAGGACGACGAGAACCUCCGCCAUGAGCUUGAUGCGGAGCUUAGUGACCUGCGCUCAUUGCUCUACGCUCCUGACCCUUCCACAAUCCCGAAGUCUGCUGAGGACGCAGAUGAGGACGAGCCCACUUCGGCGCCGCUGUCGGCUGCUGUGCAAGAACAGUCCCAGGACCAGGAGUACGACCAGUUCGUCCGAGAGCUCGCAUUUGAGGCACGUGCGCAGCCAAAGGACCGGACGAAGACCGAGGAGGAGCUCGCGCUAGAGGAGAAGGAGGCACUGGAGAAGGCCGAGCGGAAGCGGCUGAGGCGAAUGCGCGGCGAGGAGGACGACAGCGACAGCGAUGAGGAGGACGGCCGCAGAGGCAGGAAGAGGCAGAAGGGAGGCGAUGACCUAGAUGAUGACUUUAUAGACGAGGAGGGCGAGUACGGCGAUCUUUUGGGCGCAGGUCUGGGUGAGCAAAGUGUGGAUGAGGAUGAAGACGAGGGCAGCGAUGAGGAAGCUGAUACUGAGGAGGAUGAAGGGGACAGUGAAUGUGAGGGUGAAGACGAGGAAGGCGUAUUUUCGGACACACCUGAAUCUGAAGCGGAGGAUGCUGGCGAGGACGGUGGUGAGGAAGAGCUGGCGCAGGUGAAGAAGUCACAAAAGAUAGCUUCAUUCAGAAAGAGAGAGUUGCCGUACACUUUCUCCUGCCCAGAGACCCACGACGAGUUUCUGGAAAUUGUUGAGAACAUCGACGACUCCGACAUCCCGACUGUCGUGAAACGUAUGCGGACCCUGCACCAUCCGAGCUUAGCAGAGGACAAUAAGUUCAAGCUUCAAGCGUUGACCGGAGUUCUCGCCGAGCACAUUCUCUACAUAACCUCACCACCAUCACCACGCUUCUCCCUCGUCUCGCCUCUUGUCUCUCAUCUAUACGCCCUUACGAAGCAGUAUCCAAUCCAGUCUGCACAUCAUUUUAUCUCUAAGCUCGAUUUGAUGCAGAUGAACUUGAAGCGCGGCCUGUCUCACGGCGUCACCGAACCUGGCUCGAAGACUUGGCCUGGUCUUCCCGAAUUGUCGUUCCUCCGUGUUCUUGGCCUCAUAUGGCCAACGAGUGACAUGAACCACCACGUUGUCUCGCCUGCCCGGUUACUUAUGGGAUCGUACCUUGGCCUCUGCCGUGUACGAUCACUGCAAGACAUUGCAAGCGGGUUGUUCUUGUGCACUCUGUUCCUGCAGUACGAAGAGCUCUCCAAGCGUCUAGUUCCCGAAGCAAUCAACUUCCUCGAGAAUACACUCCUCCACAUAGCACCGCACCGCUUCAAGGACAGGGCGUCGUUACCUGGUUCGUUCUCCACCCCGGACUUCAAGUCUGAUCGGUGCCAAGGCUUGACACUGAGCAAGAAGUCGAGAGAGAUGGACGUCCAGAAGCCAAACUUCACUCAGCUCCUUGGUGAUCUCGUAGUUAGCGAACAAUCCAAAGUCGACUUACUCGGGCUCACGUUCGACCUCCUUGGUCAGUAUGCGGAUAUACACAAGAGUCUCGAGGCGUUCAUCGAGCUCUACGACCCAGUCGUCGCUGUGCUUGCGGGUAUCAAGGCAGACUCGUUACCGAGUGCCCUUGUAGCCAAGCACGCGUCACUGCAAGACUCGCUAAACCGCCUGCUCAAGUUCUCUCGCCAGUCGCGGCGGCCGCUGGCGUUGCAGGCGCACAAGCCGAUCCCAAUCCCGACAUAUGUCCCGCGCUUCGAGCACACGACAUCCAACUACCUGCGAAACCGCGAUCCAGACCAUGAGCAGAACGAAGCGGCGAAGAUCAAGGCGCAGUACAAGCAGGAGCGUAAGGGCGCGAUCCGCGAGCUGCGCAAAGACGCACGUUUCCUGGCCACGGAGCAGCAGAAGCGGCAGAAGGAGAAGGACAGGGCGUACAACGAACGUAUGAAGCGCGUGUUUGGCUCUAUCGAGAGCGAGCGCGCGGAGCAGAAGGCGAUGGAAAAGGAGAAGAUGAAGGAGAAGAAGCGGGCGGGGCGCAAGUGA